AUGGAUCAGUUUUGUGGCGAGCUUGGAUUUGGCCCUAUAGUCGAUGACAAACUCACUCCUUGUGCUAGAACUACUCUUCUGGAGACUGCUCUGCCAGUAUUCCUGCUAUUGCUUUCAUCUCCGUAUCUAAUAUCACGUAUACGACGCAGUUUCGCUGGGUAUGAAGCAAUAAACAACGAAACUGUAGAUAAACCUCCUCCUGUUAAACUCCUCUCAGCCUGGAUACAAACAUUACACUGGCUGAAUGCUAUACUCACUGGGUUAUGGCUAUUGUUGAUCUUGAUCGAUACCCGGCCAUGGGAUUUAUAUGAAGGCAUUGAUGCAGGAAUACAAUUCUUCACAUGGGUUUGCUUGGCUGUACUCAGCCUGUACGUGUUUCCAAAUCAACUAUCGCCAAACGAGUAUACACGAGCACCAUUCGACUUGAUAUGCCUAGUCUUCGCGAUCUCGAAUGCAUGUGAAGCUUAUUUGCAGACCGAAAGCAAUAAUCUAGAUCUCAGGAUUCUUUUGCAUGGUAGUGUGUCCAUCACAGCUGGUCUCUUGAUCGUUCUGGGACGCAUAUUCGGAUAUAAAUUGGAAGGAGCUCGUCGUGUGUAUUACACCUCAUUGCCUACAGAACAUGGGUCUAUUAAACCAUCAUUGGAAAUGAGUGCCAGAUGGUUUGAGAUACCGACGUUUGGAUGGGUCAAUCCAUUGUUGAACCUGGGACUGACGAAGACCAUUACGCAAGACGACAUUCCAGAUCUCUCGCCAGAAGAUAAGGCAGAAAACGUUGAUGAACGCUUCAAGCAACUACGAAACCCAAAGCAUGGUUUGUUUUACGACCUUUUCCGACUCGCUUGGAGGAAUCUCAAAGUCCAAAUGUUUUUUGGAUUUAUAUGCACACCAUUCCUAUCAUUUGCCAAUCCGUUCUUCCUUAAUUUGAUCGUCGGAUAUAUUCAGUCAGGAUACUCAUCGAUUGAUCCAGUAACGGUAUAUUUAAUCGUAUUUGGAUUCUUCUUCUUUACGUUUUUCAGAUCGGCUAUGGAUGGGCAGUCGUUCUUUUACGGAAGAAGGGUUGGACUACAAGUCAGGACUGUCUUGCUUAAUCAAGUCUACCAAAAGGCGUUACGACGUACUGUUGGUAGGACUGGUAAAGAAGGAGAAGAGAAUGCUAGUGUGGGCAAGAUCGUUACUUUGAUGUCGGUAGAUGCCGAGAGGAUUCGAGACUUCAUUUGCUAUCUUCAUCAAUUUGCCGCUGCACCCGUCCAGAUUGCAUUAUGUCUUACAGCUCUCUGUUUGCUGCUUGGCCCCAGUGCACUUGGUGGCGUACUUGUAAUGACUCUCGCAAUACCCUUUAAUAUCUUAAUUGGAAUCGUCACAAACAAGUAUCAAACGCUCCUCAUGAAGAAAACCGACACUAGAGUCGAUAUUGUGAACGAGAUGCUGAAUGGAAUCCGUCUGAUAAAAUACCUGGCAUUCGAAGACAAGUUUGCUGAGAAAGUCUUGGAUGCUCGAGAUGCCGAGCUAUCGCAGCUGCUUCGUAUCAUGGCUAUCAAUAUCUUCCAGCAUUUGCUGUGGGCUUGUCUUCCACUGUUUGUUUCUAUAGCGACCUUUUACUUCUAUACAGUUAUCGCAGGACACGACUUGGACGCUGUUACAGCAUUCAGUACCUUGGCUUUGUUUAAUGUCCUCCACUUUCCCUUAAUGAUAUUCCCAGAAGCGAUUGUGCAAGGCAUUCAAGUCAGAGUUUCUUUCAACCGUAUUGCUUCAUUCUUGAAGGAGCCUGAAUUGGAACGAUAUGCUGUAGAAGACGAUGCAAAUGCAGAACCAGGUACUAGUAGUGGUGCUGCUGAUCAAGAAGCCAUUGGAAUUGAUCAAGGAGACUUCAUAUGGGGUGGAAGUCAGAGUGAACCGAUAAAUGGAGAAGCCACUAGUAGUAGUCCUGUUACUCCACGAGCAUCGACUACUGGUCAGCUUGGGUCAUUUAGUUUGGAAGGAAUCGACGUCAAGUUUCCUAUUGGAAAAUUGUCUGUUAUUGUUGGUGCAACAGGAGCUGGAAAGACUUCCUUGUUGCAAGCGUUGCUUGGAGAAAUGGAUCGCGUAACUGGAUUCAUACACCUACCACGAGCAUCAGUACAAGCUGCUCCUGUCGAUUAUCAUGGAGCUGCAUACGUCGCCGGAACUCCUUGGCUGCAAUGUGCUACUGUUCGUGAGAAUAUCUUGUUUGGCCUGCCAUAUGACUCGACCCGAUACGAAAAAGUGGUUCGAGCAUGUGCACUUGAUCGAGACUUUGAGCAAUUCGAUGGAGGUGAUCAGUCAGAGAUUGGCGAACGAGGGAUCAAUCUAUCAGGUGGUCAAAAAGCUCGUAUCGCACUUGCUCGUGCCGCAUACUCAUUUGCCAAAAUCGUGUUACUCGAUGACAUUUUAAGCGCAAUUGAUGCUCCCACUGCACGCCACCUGUUCAAAGAGACCAUUUGUGGACUACUAGCUGGUCGAACAGUUGUGUUGGUCUCGCACGCAUUACCUGUAGUGCUACCAUCCGCAAAUUUUGUGGUCGUGAUGGAUUUCGGCAGAGUCGUGGCAACAGGCACACCUAGCCAAGUCCUUUCUAACGCUCGUGCUCAACACAUCUUGGGCGCUGAAGCAAACUUGAUUGAUCUCGACUAUGAUGACUCUAAAGAAGCAGUGAUGAUUGAGUCUGCAAAGCCUAAAUUUGGAGCUGGCAUCUCGCAAGUGUCUUUGACCCAAUUAAAUCCACCCAGUAGACUAGUAGAAGAGGAACGGAAGGAUUCUGGGGCUGUAAGAUGGGCUGUGUAUGCUUGUUAUCUUGCAGCUGCUGGUGGUUUACCAUUUGUCGUUCUUUGGGCUCUGUUUUCGCUAUCGCAACGUGUAGACCAAGUCAUGUCCGAUUGGUGGAUUCGUUGGUGGUCUGCUGCUUACGCUGGUGGUCCAAACUUAUAUAGUGUCUAUACGGCACUGAUUGAUUCAUUUGAUUCUCAGCCGAGAGUUGAUGUUAUGUACUAUGUUGGUAUUUAUGGAUUGUUGGGAUUGACCUUGAUUUUAUUGAAUGUCAUCACGAUUAUUAUUAUGUAUUGGGGUUCGUAUCGCGCCUCUCAGACUUUGCACAAGCAGUUGUUGAGCAGUGUACUGGGCUCUCCUCUGCGCUUCUUCGAGACAACACCGUUGGGUCGAAUUGUGAAUCGAUUCAGUAAAGAUAUAUCCAGUCUAGACACUGACGUCAUUUUCUCGAUCUUCAUAUAUGCCUUGAACAUUAUAGAUCUGAUCAGUUUGAUCGGAGUCAUCUCUGUCGUAUUCCCAGCAUUCCUGCUUGCUGUGCCUCCUAUAAGCUACGUUUAUUACUCAAUUGCCAACAAAUACCUCACUUGUUCGAGAGAAUUGAAACGUAUUGAGUCUACAAGUCGCAGUCCGAUAUACAGUCUUUUCAGCGAAACUAUUGGUGGAGUGGCUACAAUUCGAGCAUUUGGCCAUGAAACGAGAUUCACUGAAGAAUCUCAGAAACGUGUUAAUAUCUAUCAUCGAGCAUUCUUCCAUAUAUGGGCAGCUAAUAGGUGGUUGGCUUUCAGAAUUGAUUGUGUUGUCGCUUGUGUUGUUCUUCCUACCACAUUGGGAAUACUUGCUAUCCGACCAGAUCCUGGAUUGGCUGGUCUUGUGUUGAUGUAUGCGUUGAGCAUUACUGAUGCUUUGCUCUGGAUUACGAGAAAUCAUGCAUGGAUGGAAAUGUGCCUCAACUCUGUUGAACGAGUUGUGGAUUAUACCACCAUCCCACAAGAGCCCUCGGGCGGUGAUAAGCCUCCUGCGAACUGGCCUGUUACUGGACGAGUCUUGUUCCAGAAUCUAUGUGUACGAUACUCUCCAGACUCUCCUGAUGUUUUGAGCAAUAUCAACUUUGAAGUAGAACCUGGGCAGAGAGUGGCUAUAGUGGGACGAACUGGAAGUGGCAAGACGACAUUGUCACUGGCACUUUUUAGGAUUGUCGAAUGGCGUACUGGUCGCAUUCUGAUUGAUGGUGUUGACUUGUCCAAAGUCAAUAUCCGAGAACUUCGAUCCAGGAUGACAAUUAUUCCUCAAGAUCCUGUGCUUUUUCGUGGCACAUUACGAACAAACCUUGAUCCUUUUGGUGAACAUGGAGAUGAGACUCUUGCUGAUGCUUUGACCAAAUGCCAUUUCUUGGACAGCAUGCAGCAAUCAUCAUCCUCAGUAGCCUUAAGUGAAGUUGCAGCAUUACGAACUUCAGUGACAGCCGUAAAAGCUGGUGUCAAACCAUCGUCGAAAGCUGCUGCUGGUAACGGUGUAGAUCUGAAACGAACGGCUUCCAAUACUUCUAUAAAUGGAUCCAUGUUGUCUCUUGAUUCACAAGUGUUGGAAGGUGGUAGCAAUCUCAGUCAAGGCCAGAGACAACUCAUUUGUCUUGCAAGGGCUCUUUUGAGAAAAUCAAAGAUCGUGUGUAUGGACGAAGCAACUUCGUCCACUGAUAGCUCCACGGAUCAGAAAAUCACAAUAACUAUAAAGCAAGCAUUUGCCUCAAGCACAGUCUUUACUAUUGCUCACAGAUUGAGAACCAUUAUUGACUAUGACAAGGUACUAGUUCUCGCUGGUGGCAAACUAGUGGAAGCAGGAAGACCUUUGGAACUUAUGCAAAAGGAUGGUGGGAUCUUCAAUGGAAUGUGCCAACAGUCUGGUGAUUUUGAUGAAUUGUUGAGUGCUGCUGAACGUAGUCGCAAGAGAUAG